UGAUGUCUCUUUGUAACCAGUUAUUUAAGAUUACCUUCAAUUUAGUAAAGCAGCGGAAACUGCGGAGUUUGAAUUAACAGCGAGUGAAGCUGUUGCGUCACCUGUCGACACGGAGUUCAUCUGCACUGCUACGUUCACUGACUUUCCACUUGUUGGCUGGGUGUAUUUCUCAAAAACAUAACAAUAAAUAAAAUGAGUUAUUUUUAUAAUCAUAAUAAUUUAUCUAUUUCCACAAAUAUACGUGAAAUAGUGUAAGGUAAUUAUUGUAAACUGGUCAUGUUUUCCACCCGGAAUGAUUUAGCUGGCACACACGCGUCACGAUGGCAACUUGUCCGACUUGUAGUAAAUCUGUUGAUGAAGUGGGAGACCCAGGCGCUGCUCCUUAUGGAAACUUCAUUAACUACUACACCUUCAACCCUCCGGAGAACCGGCUGAGUCUGAUUCCAGCCACACUCCUGCGGGAUUUAGGGCACAAUGACAGUCGGGAGGAGGACACGUUGAUCCUGGACGUCGGGUGUAACUCAGGGGAACUGAGUGUUGCCUUCUACAAGCAUGUUGUGUCUGACCUCACCCCACCCAGGAGGAAGGUCCACCUCCUGGGAUUCGACUUGGAUGAAACGCUUAUUCGUCGAGCACAACAGACCAGCCCUGAGCACAGUAACAUCACCUUCAUGCAUCUGGAUAUCACCCAGGACACGAAGCAGCUGCAGGACUACCUCAGACAGCACUGCUGCACCCAUUUCCACCUGUGUUUGUGCCUGGCGGUUACAAUGUGGGUCCACCUAAACCACGGAGACUCUGCCCUACUCCAGCUGCUUUCACACCUGGCCUCCAUCAGCAAGCACCUUCUGCUGGAGGCCCAACCCUGGAAGUGUUACCGCUCUGCAGCCCGGCGGCUGAGGAAGCUGGGCCGCUCUGACUUUGACCACUUUAAGACCCUGAAGAUCCAGGGGGACGUGGCCUUUCACCUCAAGGAGCACCUGGAGAAACACUGCGGCAUGCAGCUCAUCCAGAGCUUUGGCAGCACCUCGUGGGACCGUCAGUUGCUACUUUUCAGAAGGAAGGACAUAAGCCAACAAAGACUUUAAUACACUGCAAGAAAUCUCUGAUUUUGACUUAAUGUCUCCUCAGCUGGUGACCUAAUGUGUCAGAAUUAAGCCAGGAUGAUGGUGAUUCUCUUCUCAGUUACACUAAAACAAUCCAAUUACUGUAAAAGUCAAAGCUUUAUUUCUAACUGACAUGUUCCUCGUCUUUUAGGCAUCUUAAACCAACGAAGAAGAAACAAACAACUCCAUAAAUACAGAAAUAUUUCUUGUGCUACUUUGGAAACAAAUCAUCUUUACAUGUUUAGUUUUUAUAAAUGUCACCUCUGGGUCCUUUUCUUCAUUUUGUACCAUUUAAGUGUGGGGAAAAACACCUGUUUUAAUUAUUUGUCUGAUGGGAAAUUUCACAAGCCACAUUCUUUUGACAAGUACACAUAAUGUGAGCUUAAACGGUCAUUAAAUGAUAACACAAUCCA